AUGACAGCAUCUCCAUGUGCCUUCCCAGUUCAGUUCCGGCAACCCUCGGUCAGCGGCCUCUCACAGAUCACCAGCAGCCUGUAUAUCAGCAACGGGGUAGCCGCCAACAACAAGCUCAUGCUCUCCAGCAACCACAUCACCACGGUCAUCAACGUCUCAGUGGAGGUGGUGAACACCUUAUACGAGGACAUCCACUACAUGCAGGUGCCUGUGGCUGACACACCCAUGUCGCGUCUCUGUGACUUCUUCGACCCCAUUGCAGACCACAUCCACAGCGUGGAGGUGAAGCAGGGCCGCACCCUGUUGCACUGUGCCGCCGGCGUGAGCCGCUCGGCCGCCCUCUGCCUUGCCUAUCUCAUGAAGUACCACGCCAUGUCCCUGCUGGAUGCCCACACAUGGACCAAGUCAUGCCGGCCCAUCAUCCGACCCAACAAUGGCUUUUGGGAGCAGCUCAUCCACUAUGAGUUCCAGCUGUUUGGCAAGAACACUGUGCACAUGGUCAGCUCCCCCAUGGGAGUGAUCCCCGACAUCUAUGAGAAGGAGGUCCGUCUGAUGAUUCCACUGUGAGCCAUUCCACCAGCCCCUGCCCCAGGUCAGAGGUACAGAUCUGCCAUUGAUCCUACACCAAGAUCUGUACUUAAAACAUUCUACUUUCACUGAUACAGAAAAACUAGAUGAUGCCUUUUUUAAGGGCAAGAAAAAAGGAAGGGUACUGCAGCUCUUAAUCUUAUAACUCAUAUCUUUAAAGAUUCAGCUUAUUAAAUGUAAGAUGGUGAAGAUAAGUUUCCUACCCUGCGAGUGACAACUCAUAGCUGCUGACCAGAGGGGAGAGUGAACCAAAUGGACCAGCACCCAACGCAUAUGGCAAGCUUGGUAUUCUGCAGCCCUCCCCGCGACCGACCAACCCAGGAAUGAGUCUGCCACAAUCCCGCCUCAUUCUUUUGAACACGAAGCCAGCCUUAAGCAUCAUGGCACCUCCCAUGCUUCUCACAGUAAGUGCCAACCUACUGGAUAAGUAGCCUUCAAGCGGUACUCCAGGAGCCCUGGGGGCCCCAAGCCAACCCUGCUUCCACCUUCAACUCUGGUUUUCUAGAUUGGAUUUACGCAUAAGAUAGUUUUCAAAGGAAGCAUUCCAUUGUAUAAAAUUUCUUUAAAAACAUUUCUUUUUGAGCGCUGUUGUACGUGGCAAGAUCCCCUACCAGCCUUUGAUGAAAGGUGGUAUUGGUCUCCAUCUCGGGGCACGUGUGGAGAGCAGGCCUGACAUCAGGCUCAGAGGUUCCUCUCACAAGCCUCGGCUCAGAUGGCUGGAGCUGGGAACUGGAACCCAGCCUUGUCACCUCCUGCCUGUGUGAUCUGGGGCCUCUUGGAGCCUCAGUUUCCUCGUCCAGGCGAUGACAGCCCUUUCCUCACAGGGUUGUCGUGAAGAUUCAGUGCUUCCUUAGCACGGUGUCUGGCACAUGGUAGGUGCUUGGUGCUCGGUGUAACCAGCAGCUCUCAUCAAGAAUGAUACUCUGGCCCUGCUGGCCCGGGCCAGCAAGUCAU